AUCAACCGCAAAAAUGCAGUUCACCACUAUCACCGCUCUCGUUGCUACCAUCCUGGCCGUCAGCGCCACCCCCAUCGAGCAAGAAGCCAAGCGCCAGGACGGCGGCGUCCCCCGCGUCUACGCCCGCUUCUACAACGACGGCGGCUGCGGACCUUCCCCCUGGGCCGAAGACACCGUCUUCAUCCAAUCUUCGACGGUCGGCCUCGCUGGAUGCCAGGACCUGACUGUCGGUCCCUUUGCCAGCACCUACUUUGACACCAACAACUUCAGCAGGACCGUUCGCUUUUUCAACCUCCCCUGCUCGCAACUUACUUCCACCACGAGUGGAAACUUCAUUGAUAUCGCGCCCGGUCAGGCUCCUGGAUGCAAGAGCUUGGCUAUCCGCUCUUGGAUCACUUUGUAAGCUGCUUAUAUCUGUUUGAGAAGCUUUGUGGCUUUUGAAUAGAAAAGGUGUGCGAGAUGAGAGUGGCUAUCAAGGCGGUUGCGGGAGGAAGUGGAUGAUGAUGAUGAUGACGACGGUGGUGGUAAGCCGGGUCCAACACUCCGGCUAACUGCCACGGGUGUUUCACUCUCCUAGUUUCUAAUCGCUCGUUAAAAUAAUGUUGAAGAAUCUGGGGACGCC